CCAUAGAUCACUCCUAUCUUCACUACUUCAUCAGCAUACAAAAGACCAAAAACAAAGUGUGCGUGUAAGCAACACAAAAAGGAGUAAUGGCGAUGAAGAAGAUGGGUGUGAGCCUGGUGGUGAUGGUGGUUCUGACAGUCUUUGUGGCGGUGGAGCUGCCACACAUGGCGGAGGCAGUGACAUGCAGUCCGGCGGCUCUGAGUUCAUGCAUGGGAGCGAUAUCGUCGUCGGCUCCGCCGUCGAGCGAGUGCUGCCAGAAGCUAAAGGAGCAGAAGCCAUGUCUGUGUGGGUAUCUUAAGAACCCUAGUCUGAGGCAGUAUGUUAACUCUCCUGGGGCCAAGAAGGUUGUUUCCUCUUGUGGAAUUCCCUUCCCUACUUGCUGAACAAAAAAGAAAAAAGAAAAAAAGAACAGUUAUAGUAAGUGAUUUGAUCAAUAUCGAGUCGUAUAUUUGUCUAAGGAAUAAUUUCAGAAAAAGUAUUCCCUCUAGGGAAUAUUCAUUCUGUGUUUCAAGGUUCAAGUUGGUUACAUAUCUUGAUCAAUGAUUAUGUGGAUCGCUGACAUGUAGUUUGUG